AUUCAUGCACGGUAAUCGUCUUAGUUCAUUAAAUUCCCUUAUUAGAGUUGUCGUUUUAUUUUUCAAACCAAAAGGAACCGUCGUUCCGGAAAAGAUAUAUAUAUAUAUACGAAAAAGCGGUGAAUGAGCAAGUGGCGCCAUUUCGCAUUACCAACUUCUGAGUGAGUACUGAUUUUUCAAUUUCUCUCAUUCUUCCUUUCUCUCAUCGCGCGCUUUUGCGCAUUUUUUUUUCUCGUUUUUCUCUCACAUGAAGAGGAUUAGAGAUCCAACAAUCGAUUAAAAGCUACUGUUUUAAUUCCAUACUCCAACUUCACCACCUUCGGAGUAGGACAUUUGUUGUUGCUUUAGAGAGAGUACUCUUCAAGAAGAAUGAAAAUGGACUCUAGAGUUUUCUGCAAAAAAAAGGUGUCUGGAUUUUUUCCUGAGGAUGGUGCCAUCUUCAUGUCAAAUAGAAGUACCUUGAAAGAAUGUUUUGAGAGAAGUUUGUUUGGGCUACCGGAUACUUUUUCCGGUUUUGUUAAAAACGUCAAGGCAGGAAUGAUUUUGUUCCUUUUCGAAUUUGAAGAAAGGAAACUUUAUGGGGUUUUUAAAGCGAUAACAGAUGGUGGCAUGAACAUUGUUCCUCAUGCAUAUGCUUCAUCAGGAAAGCAGUACCCUUCACAGGUUGUAAUCUUUAUUUUCUUGUUAUUCUUGCCUUUUUCCAACUCAAAAUUCCCACAGAUUUGGCACAUUGGUUUUUUAUUUUUACGUGUGGGUAUAUUUUGCUUCUCAUGUUAUUUUGAUAAGUAUUUAUUUUUAGAAUAUUCUUAUUUUUAUGAGUUCAUAUAUGUUUAUGGUUUUAACCAGGUUAAAUUCACCACAAUCUUACAUUGUGACCCUCUUUUUGAAGAUGAAUUUUGUGAUGUAAUUCGGGAUAAUUACUUCAGCACCUACAAAUUCAAUUUUGGUUUGUGUAAAGACCAGAUAGAAGGUCUUAUGUGGCUUUUCAAUUCAAGAAAACAUGAAGUUCCACACUCUCUUCAUCAGAAGAGAAAGAGAAAAAGAAAGUGGGAUUUUCAGAUUAUAGAAAACGAACUAAUGAAAGGGAGGUUUACCAACACUCAGAAAAGGAAGCUCGUGUCUAACGACGGAGCAUCAGUAACUGAUGAGCAAGAGGUGGAAAAUCUUUCUUUGUCUCCCAGGUCUUGUGGAAACUGUAAAAGCAUCCAAUUCCAUGAUGAUGCUUAUGAUCCUGAAAACCCUGGCUUUAAUCAUUCAGUAGGAUCUGGGGCUCACUCUGCUGCUAGCUAUGAAUCACACGAGCUUCCUUCAUUUCAAAAUAAGAAAGGAAACCUCCCUAUUCUUGAGGAAGAGACUGAAGAUUUUAUACCCUUGUGUUCAACAGACAAUUCUGACCUUGAAGAUGGAGAGCUUGAUGAUUUCAGCGAGUCUUCAGAAGAGAAACAGAUAGGGUUAGAUAUGCUUGAGGGAAACGAAGUUUCUUAUAUCCCUGUACCACGAUUUCUGAUGAGUGAUAAAGAAUCUAACAGGUUAUGUGACUCUUCACCCACUGGUGUAAGUAACUUACAGUCCAAAGAUGAAACUGACACCCUUCCCUCAAAGGGUAUGUAUUCCGAUAAAACCAAAAAUAGAACCAGUGUGUUUUCAAGGUUAAAUUUUUUGUCAAAGGGUAUUACUUCAGAGAAUCAGAAUGAUAUCAAUGGAAAGGACAUCGCAAAGUAUCACUAUCGAUAUGGAUAUCAGAAAAUGGAAGAGGUCGCUCAACAGAUUGAAGAUGGCAGAAUGUAUAAAAGAGCUAGUGUGUUUAUGCGCUUGACCAGUGUUUCUGAUACUGUUCCCCAAAUCCAUUCCAUGACAGGACUGGACGACGGAACUAGAUGGUGGAAGAAGGAUGAAGAGAUGAAAGGAGACAGCGGAGGGGACGUCGAAGCAAUUGGUGGUUGGAUAUCUCCAAAGGACACCAACAUUUAAGUGAGAAGUUGUUCAGUGAGGGUGAGGCUAAUAGAAUAAAAGUGUACAUGGAUUCUGGGUGCUCAUGGCAGCUCAAUCAAAUACUUUUGGCGGAAAAGUUGUUAGUUCAGCAAUCAUCUCAUGCGUUUAUUGGGGCCAGGUGCAGCACGAAGUUUGAUCCUAAAUUUUAAGGUGUGUGUGGUUCCUGAUUUGGGUUGCCCUUUUGAGUUUGGCCUCCAGGUAUAACUUGGAACAUCUGCACUUUGCAUAAGUGCUAAAAUGUAGAAAUAAUUGAGAAGAAAAACAUCUCUCUAAAUUGUAUGAUUCAUUUUCCUUUAGAUUUCAAAUGAUUUAGACAAUAACCAUUGAGCCUUGAUUGUAUGGGUGUUUAGAGGGAACGGUGAAUAGUGAAAGCUCCAUGAUUGCUUAAGUUUCAUGAUUAGGUGAUGGGUAAAAUGUAGGGGUUACUGGUGUUAAAAUCACCUAUUGAUGCAAUUUUAUUUUCUGGCCUGUUUUUUUUUUAUUAGUUUUAUUACUUAAUUUAUUA